CUCUGCCUCCAGAGCUUUGAUCACAAGCAGCCUGCCGAAUGUGUCAGCAUGUGAUUAAAUCUCUGUGUGUGCAGCGUUUAUUGUUCACGUCGCGGUAACAGCAGUGUAACUAGUUCGUAAUGGAGUUUUUCACCAAGCCGAGCUAACACACGUCCGUCCUUCGCAGUCAAACCGUCCGCCCGCUCCGCGCAGAGCGAGUAAGUUGUUCGCUCCGGUGAACAUGGCGAUUGUUUCGGGCUCCUGUGGCCGAGUCAGCGGCUCCACCAACGGGCUCUCUGUGGCCGCCGCUCCGCCCGCUGCCGUCGGACAGUCCCAGCCCAUGAUAGUGGUGUGGGAAUGGCAAGACGACCUGGGUUGCUGGCGGCCGUACAGCGGCCAGGUGAGCGCCUACAUCGAGCGGUGUUUGUCCCCGCGGGGCCCGAGAGGAUCCGGAUCAACCAGCAUCUGCCUCGGACAGUCAGACCCCAGCCUGUCCCCGUACCUCAUAGACAUACCGAGCCUGAAACAGUUCCGGCAGGACACACAAAAGACACGGGCGGUACGUAGGUCGCUGUUUGCACAGUCCUCAGGCCUCGGCAGUGGUGUUUAUUGGGAAUGGAUCAAUGAUGAUAGAACAUGGACUCCAUACGAAACUCGAACCUCUAUCUUGUUGGAGAACAGCUACCAGGCUCGUCAAGGCACAGCAGACUUAAGCCAACAUGGAUAUGAUUACAUUGUGGACCUAACAUCUUUGACCCAAGUCAACAAGAACACAGGCUUCAGGCGACAAGUGCGACGGCAGUGCAAUCUUCCCUACCCAAUGGCCGCCUCUGGCUCCAUGGGCGUCCCUUCAGCCCCCACCUGUUCAUGUCAGCAGUGUUUGUGCCACAGCAGUGCCGGACCAAUGCCGAGCCGUUCACGGCAUUCCUUUUCUUCAGGCAGUCUGAACCGGCCCGGCAUUCAAGGGAACGGGAGGACUGUUGUGGCACACACCAACUCUGCCUACUCUCCCUACCCGAGAAGACCCCUGUCUGUUGGGGGGAUGUCGUGGGGGAGUUCCUGGCCACCGUUGCCCUCUGCUAGUCAACUCUCUGCACCACUGCUAGCCAGCUCGACCAGUUCGAAUGGAUUAAGUGUCCCUUCCAUUCCUGUGCAGCUGAACGGAUCCACCAGUGUGAGCUCUGCUCUGGCAGGCAUGGCCUCCAUUUUGAUGUCAGCUGUGGGACUCGGCGUGCACUUCACGAGCGCUCCCCUCUCUCAGCUGCCGCCUCAGCCGCAGCAUCCUGCUCCUUUUGCUCCUCCUCCUCUUCUCCUCCCCUCAGCCAGCAGAAGCAGCAGUUCAGUUAGGAGAGCAAAGAGGCAGCACAGGACAGGACCUGAGGAGGUGAUUCAGCGUUACAUGAAAAAAGUGCCUGGCGUUCCAGAUGAGGACUGUAUAAUCUGCAUGGAUCAACUCUCCAAUCCGUCUGGCUACGAGACACCAUCGGUGCAGGAGGAUGGGCGGAGCAUCCUGCCGGACGCUGUCGGCAAAUUCAUCAAGUGUGGUCACAAGCUGCACAUGCUCUGCAUGCUGGCCAUGUACAACAACGGAACCAAGGACGGCAGCCUCCAGUGUCCCUCGUGUAAGACGAUCUAUGGAGAGAAGACUGGCACCCAGCCCAAAGGCAAGAUGGAAAUUUACAGCAUUGACCAGUCGCUGCCAGGCCACCCGGACUGCGGCGCCAUCCAGAUCAUCUACAGCAUCGCCCCCGGCAUCCAGGGUCCGGAGCACCCAAACCCGGGACAGCCGUACACCUGCCGAGGAUUCCCUCGUUACUGUUUUCUACCCGACAACAACAAGGGACGAAAGGUGCUGGAGCUGCUGAAGGUGGCGUGGGCGCGGCGCCUCAUCUUCACCGUGGGAACCUCCAGCACCACUGGGGAGCCAGACACAGUGGUGUGGAACGGGAUCCACCACAAAACCGAGAUGAUGUCCAACUUAUCGGGCCACGGCUACCCGGACCCAAACUAUCUGGACAAUGUUCUGUUGGAGCUGGUCGCUCAGGGUGUGACAGAGGACUGCCUCACACCGCUGGGCGGUGCUGGCACUAGCAGUUAAAGCACAUCGCCGAGCUUCCCAAAGCUCAACUCACUAUUGACCGCCGCACUUCAGAAAUUCAGACCUUGUUCUUUUUUUGUUCAGAGGGGAACGAGAGAAAAGUGAGCGGAAUUUAGAAAUGUUUUUGUUUGAAGACAAAAAAUAAAUAAAUAAAAUGUCUGUGGAUGCUGCACAGCAGCGAGCUCAGUGGGAUGCUAACACAUUAGCGCUGCGCCACACGAUAUUCCUCGAUUUCCUGUAAGUGAACAAAAAGCUGUUUUGUUUUGAAAUUCAACAUUGAGUGGAAAAAGUAAAAAAACAAACAAAAAAAAUUUGGAUACCUGAGGGGUUUUUUUUGUGUGUAUUUUUUAAUGCAUAUUUUUCAUUGAGGGACAGACAAAAGUUACGUGUUUGCGUUAACCAGAAUUAAACACCUUCAGUACCUGUGUCAACCAGAGGGAGGCAUAAAACCACAAUGGACGUAUGACGGAAAUAGGGGCAAAUCUCGCAAAAAAAAGUUUGAUAAUACUCCAGAAGAAACUGUUAUGUAGAUAUUAUGGUUUUUUUGUUUUUUCUUCUGCACGCACAGCCAGUUAAAACCAGUCUGUCUGCUUUAAAACCAGCUAAUAUCAGGUUUGUACUGAUCUAAAUCCAGCUGAAUGUGGCUCACGAGCUCCUGAAACCAGUCCAGAUUUGCUUUUGUUUUUUUGAACAAAAGUUGAACAUUAUUUCUCUGUGGUGAGGUUAAAUAGGUUUACAGUUAGACUGAAGCUGUUACAGUGUUUCACAUUUACAGUGAAAUGAGAACAAACUGCAUCUGUUAAAAUUAUAAACCCGCAGUCGCAUAAAAUUUUAGAGUUGCUGUCAUUUAUUAUUGCUAUUAUUGGUUAAAAAUGCCUCCCUUCUUGAGUUAAUUUUAUUUUCUUAUCCAUCGACUGCCUUAUGUGCGUCCCCUCAUCCAGUUGCCACGACAAAAGCAUCUUAACUGCUUUAAGAAAAAAUCUCAUGAAGCACUUUAGUUUUUAUGGUGUGUUUCCUGGGUGAGACACGUCUUAUCGUCAGCUGGUUUUCAAAUUGGAAUUUAUUAAUUUUUUUUUUUUAUGCAGUUUGAGUGUUUUACAACAUUUCCUGUAGCACAGUCAGUCAUUAAAGAUCCAUAAAGGCAAUAAUCUGUAAAUAUAAACACAAAUGUCCCAAAAAAAGUGGGGAAAAUGUCAGUUGGGGAGCGGAGGGACAUAUGUUAACAUUUUGUCUUUUUUUUUUUUUUCCUUUUCAUUGACCCUCUUGCUCUAAUCUGAUAACAGGGUCUUUAUUGGUUGAAAUGUGCAGUAGCCACACCCACUUGAGGCAUUAUUUUAAUUAUAUAAUAACUUAGUUUGUGUGAAAUGAGACGAGAUUAAAUCUGCCACAUUUUGUGUAAAUGGGGGUGGGGUGUAGUGUGACAAUCAAGGUCAUGAAACUCGUCUCAAGCAAACCUCCCAAAAAAAACACUUCGUGUUUUCACCUUCAUUAGGUGACCAGGCCCACAACCUUUUUAGCACAACUUUCACUGUUUUUGGUAGUUCGACAGUUUGAUGUCACAUCAUGUCAGAAUCCAGUUUUAUAAAAUCAUUCAGUCUGUUUAAUACAAAUAACUGUUAACUUAUCUGGGUAGCAACCAAGCUAGCUAGCAAGAUAACUAAUGUAGCCCAGUGGUGAG